AAUUGAAAUAGAAAACAAAAUUAUCAUAAAAAUUCUAGAAAUAAUAAUAAUAAUUGUAAUAAUAAGUGAAUUUGAUAGGGUUCGCCCCACUUCCUACGUCAGAACGGUAUAGCCGCGUGGCCUUCGUAAAACGAAGAUAACCGAGAGGAAUCGUAUGAAGGAACGCAUUCCCUAGUGAAAUUUUGUAGAGGAACGAAAAAGAAAAACGUUGAUUAUUGGGAGUAAGAAAUACUAUUGGCUCACAUAUGUCAAGGAAGGUAUCAUCUUUUAUAACGGUAACCAGGCAAUUAGCCAGCAACUAGUCAGUCAGUCAGUCAGUCAGAUCAAACAACCAACCAACGAACAAACAAGUAAAACGUGAAGUCAAAUCUACAGAUAGUGUGUUAACAAAGUUUAUUGUUAUUAUUAUUAUUAAAGAUUUGUUAUAAUUUUCAUCGAGGAAUCUUAUAAUUUUCGAGAAACGUAAUAUAGUAAGUUAUUAUAACAAAGAAAUUAAUAUCGUUGAAAAACCGGCGAGUGAAUUGAAAAAGAAAGUGUCCUCUUUUUUAAAUGUUACAUAAAAGCUGAAGGAAUAUAAGUUAAUUGAAUAUACCACUGUUAAGAUUUCUAUUUGUCAUCAAGGAUUUGUAUAUGUACAUUUAUAUGUGAUAUAUAUAUCAUUAAAAAAUAUAAUACCAAAUUUCAUACAAGAUAGAAGAUUGUCUCUCCAACAUACAUAUAAAUAUAUAUUUAUAUAUUAUUCUUGGAAGAAUUGAAGAUGUGGCCCAAUGAUGUUGGUAUUAGAGCCAUUGAAGUUUAUUUCCCAGCUCAAUAUGUCGAUCAAACAGAAUUGGAAGUUUACGAUGGUGUAUCAACAGGAAAAUACACCAUAGGACUGGGACAAUCUAAAAUGGGAUUUUGUAAUGACAGAGAAGAUAUUAAUUCUUUAUGUUUAACCGUCGUCCAUAGAUUAUUGGACAGAUAUGGAAUUAAACCACAAGAAAUUGGUAGAUUGGAAGUCGGAACUGAAACAAUAAUAGAUAAAAGCAAAUCAGUUAAGUCUGUUCUUAUGCAAUUAUUUGAACCGUUUGGUUGUACGGAUAUCGAAGGUGUAGACUGUACUAAUGCUUGUUACGGUGGUACAGCAGUUUUAUUCAAUGCUGUUUCUUGGGUAGAAAGCAGUGCUUGGGAUGGAAGAUUAGCAUUGGUUGUCGCAGCUGACAGUGCCGUUUAUUCACCAGGUAGUGCAAGACCUACUGGUGGAGCUGGAGCAAUUGCUAUGAUCAUUGGUCCGGAUGCUCCGAUUGUAUUUGAUCGUGGAUUACGCGCAUCAUAUAUGCAACAUGCAUAUGAUUUUUAUAAGCCUGAUUUACGUUCAGAGUAUCCAUACGUUGAUGGAAAAUUAUCUAUUCAAUGUUACCUCCAUGCUUUGGAUAGUUGUUAUCAAUUGUAUAGUAAAAAAGUUAAAGGAAAAAAGCCAAAUGAAAAUGUUACUUUGAACAACUUCGAUGCUCUGUUAUUUCAUUCUCCGUAUUGUAAACUUGUACAAAAAUCAUUUGCCAGGCUAGCGUUUGUUGAUUUUUUAAAUACAUCUAAAGCAGAAGUUUCUGAAAAGUACAAAGAGUUAGAACAAUUUCAUGACGUUGAGUUAGAGAAUACUUAUUUUGAUAAGGAUAUCGAAAAAGCGUUUGUAAAUUUAAGCAAAUCAAAUUUUGCGGAUAAAACCGAACCUAGUUUAUUUCUAGCUAAUCAAGUUGGUAAUAUGUAUACGGCAUCCGUUUAUUCCGGAUUAGUAUCUUUACUUAUAUCUAAACCAAUAAACGAAUUAGCUGGCAAUAAAGUAGCCAUAUUUUCAUAUGGUUCAGGUUUAUGCUCCAGUAUGUAUUCGUUGACAAUAACGAAAGAUAUCCAAAAUGAAUCUAAAUUAAUGAAAAUUAUUUCAUUGUUAGAUUACGUUAAAUCACAAUUAGAAGGAAGACAAAAAAUAGCGCCGGAAGACUUUACUAGCAUAUUAGAAUUAAGAGAAAAAAAUUAUCACAGCACAUCCUACGAAGCUAUAAGUAAUAUCAGUCAUAUGUUUCCUGGUACUUACUAUCUCGUUAAAAUAGACGACAAAUAUCGAAGAACUUAUAAAAAAAUACCAAAUAGUAAAUAAUUUUCUUUAAACAAUCUAUUAUAGUUUAAUUUGUUAAUUUAAUUAAUUGGUUAAUUAAAUAUACUUGAAGCUUAUCCUAUGAGAUAUAUUGUAGCACAAUGGAUGUCUGUAUAUAUAUAUUCAAGAAAUAUUUUCUAUCUAGAAUUUGUACCGAUUUUUUUUAAUAUUAUAUCGCAUAUAAUUUUAAUAGAUAAUUUUUAUAAAAAAAAAAAUGCAUUUUGCUAAUAUGUAUAAUGUAAAUAGAAAGGAAACUAUUAUUACUAGUUAUUGUAUCAAAUGUUGUGAGAUAUUAUUUUAGAUUAUCAAUUAUUUUUUCCGAUGACAGAUCUUAAUUUACUGAAAAUAAAUUUGUAAAAA